GUCAUUAGGUUUGGGCCUGAGUGUAGAGCUCUUCUUCACCCCCACAUCUGCUCCAGGCGGCUUCUGUUCAACGCAUUGUUCGGCGCGCUGCAGUAUAAAUUUGUCAUACCGAGUGUCCGGUACUUAGUGUUGGGAGAAUAAGUAUUUGAUUUGGCUUGCUGUACACAUGGCUGUUAGAAGGGGACACAUAAGAUACCUGAAGGUUUGUGAGGUGCAGAACCCUGGUAAUGAUAGAGAACUGCAGCAACUUAGCAAGGGUGCCAGCAUGAAGGAUGCCUAUAGCCUUCCCAACGGAUUUGAGAGCCCACUGGGAGAUGAGCCAAAAGACGCCAAAACAAACCUGAUAGUUAAUUACCUGCCACAGAACAUGUCGCAGGACGAGCUGCGCAGUCUGUUUAGCAGCAUUGGUGAAGUCGAGUCUGCUAAACUUAUUCGGGACAAAAUGGGAGGCCACAGUUUAGGGUACGGAUUUGUUAACUAUAUUAACCCUAGUGAUGCAGAAAGGGCAAUCAGUACUCUCAAUGGGCUGAGACUACAGUCUAAAACUAUCAAGGUCUCUUUUGCCAGGCCAAGCUCUGACACAAUAAAAGAUGCCAAUCUUUACAUUAGUGGUUUGCCCAAGACCAUGACGCAGAAAGAUGUGGAAGACUUGUUUACACAGUAUGGACGCAUUAUAAACUCAAGGGUCCUAGUCGAUCAGGCUUCAGGCUUGUCACGUGGAGUCGCAUUCAUACGGUUUGACAAGAGAAUUGAAGCAGAAGAUGCCAUUAAAGGUCUGAAUGGUCAGAAGCCCCCUGGAGCAUCUGAACCCAUCACUGUAAAGUUUGCAGCAAAUCCCAACCAGGCAAAGAAUUCCCAGUUGCUGUCCCAGUUUUACCACACACAGUCUCGGCGCUUCGGAGGCCCUGUUCACCACCAGUCCCAGAGGUUCAGAUUCUCACCAAUGAGUGUGGACCACAUGAGUAGUGUUUCCAGCAUGAAUGUAUCUGGGAGCUCGACCUCUGGCUGGUGCAUUUUCAUUUACAACCUGGGUCAAGAUUGUGAUGAAGGCCUGCUGUGGCAGAUGUUCGGUCCAUUUGGCGCGGUCACUAACGUCAAAGUCAUCCGUGACUUCAACACCAACAAAUGUAGAGGCUUUGGCUUCGUCACAAUGACCAAUUAUGAAGAGGCGGCCAUGGCCAUCGCCAGCCUGAACGGAUAUCGUUUGGGAGACAAGGUCUUGCAGGUCUCCUUCAAAACCAGCAAGUCUCACAAAUAAAAAGGACAAAGUAUUACUUUUGAGUUCAAAGAACUUGCACACUUUUUGGUCCUUUGCCUCCUAUGUCCAUGAUUGUCUAAAAAAAUAGUGUAACUUUGUUGAAAUUAAAUAGGUUAGUAGUCGUCCUGUAUUAACCUGGGAUUAAACUAAUUAGCUCAGUCAAAUGGGCUACAUGGUCUAACAACUGCACCUUCAAAUGUUUAAAUAGUUUUGGCAGUGUUCAUCACCAUAUCAUUUAAUCAAAAUGAUACCAUGCAGCAUCAAACCCUGAGUAGAUGUUACAUAGCAUAGUUAUGUUGCAGUUGGUGUUGUAUCUAUCACCAAUCACUGUUUAUCACUGUAACAUUUCCUGUGAGUUAACUUUUUUUUUUUUUUUAUUAUUGUGGUUGGUUAUUUCCUUGGGUCAGCUAGACAAUUGUUUGAUUAAACCAGAUGAUUGGUACAUCUCUGUAGCUUAUAAUUAUUUUUUUCUGAAUAUAAACAUGUUACCACGUUCUUGGCUCGAUUUUGCUUUUGCUCAUUCCAUCUGAUUUGAAAGAGUGCAGACCUUUUGUAAAUAUUCGUUUAACUAUCUGUGUAUCCCACUAGUAAUCUGUCUGAAGUGAUUUAAGUUUGAAGGACCAAAGAAGCUGGAGAGUAUGCCUUAUUUUGAUGAUUUAUGCAAAUAUAUUUAAAGCCUUUUUGCUAUAUUGGUAAUUUAGUUAUUUUCCAGGUAAUAUUAGUUUGUUUUGCACCCAGGUUUUUUUUUUCCUACUUUAAAAUACUUGUGUUGUUGUAAACAAUUUUCUGGAUUUACCAUUUUUAGACAACUUUCAGUGUUGGGCAACUCUCUUUAGUGGAAUUGGUCACCAUUUCAUUUAGAAUGUACGACAGCACUGUUGUCCUCACACAAGCCUCAUGUACUUCGAUGAGGGCCCUGGGGGAAGCUGUUCUUCUAUUUAAUCAUUUUUUUUUUGUACAUGUUUUGUAAUGUCGUGUAGUCUGCUUACACAAACUGUACAUAAUCUUUUGCCAUGCUUGGUGUUCUUGGAUUCAGCUUGGUAUAACUUAAUAUAACUAAGAACUCUGAAUCACACAUGGAAUAUAAAAAUUUUAUUGAUUUUUUUUUUUUUAUGAACACAUCAAGGUUUAUGCUCACAAUAGACAGUCAUGUCUGUCUGGUGUAGGUCUUUAUCCUUUUUUCAUAUGCAUGUUCAUUUGAUCUUCCUUAGCUGUAAGCUUUGCAGCAUGUUUCACAUUGUCAUCAAAAAUAUGCUACAAAGCUUUUGUGGUAUGAAUACUUUGUAUUUACAAAUAAACAUUGUUUUGUUGUUGUAAAUUACCUAAAUUCUAGGGAUUUUUACAGUAUUUGUGUAACGAAAUUUAAUGGUUAAAGUGUCAUUAAUAUCCAUCCUGCAUUUAGAAUCUUAUGGCUAAGUCUGGCUUGUUACUUGCUUUCCAUUUGAUUAAAUCUGCAGCUCUUGCUUCUUGCUA